UUCGCUCUGCGCUGCUCAGGAUCACUGUGGGUUUUUGCAGACAUGGAGGCAGAUGGGAGCCAAGCUACCUCUGGAAGCCCAAACGACUCCCAACACGACCCUGGUAAAAUGUUUAUUGGAGGCCUGAGCUGGCAAACCUCACCAGAUAGCCUUAGAGACUAUUUUAGCAAAUUUGGAGAAAUUAGAGAAUGUAUGGUCAUGAGGGACCCUACCACAAAACGUUCCAGAGGCUUCGGUUUCGUUACGUUUAAGUUUUGCUUUGUUUUGCUGGUUGUUUCAAUAGUUGACAGGGAUGUGCAAAAGAUUGACCCUAAAGUUGCAUUUCCCCGACGAGCACAGCCUAAGAUGGUCACAAGAACAAAGAAAAUAUUUGUAGGUGGAUUAUCUGCUAAUACAGUAGUGGAAGAUGUAAAGCAAUACUUCGAACAGUUUGGCAAGGUAGAAGAUGCCAUGCUUAUGUUUGACAAGACUACCAACAGGCAUAGAGGAUUUGGCUUCGUAACUUUUGAAAAUGAAGACGUGGUGGAAAAAGUCUGUGAGAUUCAUUUUCAUGAAAUCAAUAAUAAAAUGGUAGAAUGUAAGAAAGCACAACCUAAAGAAGUGAUGUUUCCACCAGGGACAAGAGGAAGGGCACGAGGAUUACCAUAUACCAUGGACGCUUUUAUGCUAGGGAUGGGAAUGUUGGGUUACCCGAAUUUUGUUGCGACAUAUGGCAGAGGAUAUCCUGGAUUUGCCCCAAGUUACAGCUAUCAGUUCCCAGAAGCGCCCCUUUGCGUGCAUGGAGGUGGGGUUCUGAGCAUGGAAACAGGUUUUCCGGCAGCGGCCUAUGGACCAGUAGCAGCAGCAGCGGUGGCAGCAGCAAGAGGAUCAGGGAUCCCCGAUUAUGGUUUCUAUUCUUCGCCCGGUGACCAACGGGCCCCGUUAUCGUACGCGGACUAUGGUUCCAUGGGGCCUCGAGUGGCUCAGAUGCUUCGUAGUGAGCACGCUGCUUCAGCGAGUAACUCCCCCCUCCACCACCUUCCCAGCCCGGAUCAGUUUAAGAGCCCAGUCUUGAAUAGCUACAGUGCUCAACCGAAUUUUGGCGCACCCGCUUCCCCGGCAGGCUCCAAUCCAGCCCGGCCAGGAGGAUUUCCAGGGGCUAACAGCCCAGGUCCAGUCGCAGACCUCUACGGUACAGCCAGUCAGGACUCCGGUGUUGGUAAUUACAUAAGUGCUGCCAGUCCUCAGCCAGGCUCUGGCUUUGGCCAUGGAAUCGCUGGACCUUUGAUUGCAACGGCUUUUACAAAUGGAUACCAUUGAAACGUUACACAUGGUUGGUUGCCAUCUCACUUUGAGAGUAUAUCUGGAUGUCCAGGCAAGACAGGGCGAAGUUUCUGAAUGGUCCCAUGUUCAGGUGAUAUCAUCAGACUUUGAGCACUACAUCAUCACCAAUAACAUAAAUAAACUGGAGGUGGCACUCUAUGGACUUAGGUUGUUUAAAAUCUCUCUCAUCAUCUCAUGAAUCUGCUGUACUAUAAAAACAGCUUUUAAAAUAUGUAUAUAUAAUCCAUUUCUCUUUUGUUUUAUUUUCUUGAUGGGUUCCCCCCCUUAAAUCUAUUUGAAUCACAUUUUUUCAAAGCAUUUGACAUACUCUCUUAGUCAUGUAGUUCUAAUUUGUGUAUCUAGUAAAAGCCUAACCAUAGCGUAACUGUUUAUAUUAAGGGGUUUUCUUUUCUUUUUUCCUUCCUUUUUACUUUUGUUUUAUGUAGUUGUUGCUUAAAGGAUGCUGGGAUGAUAACAUGAGUCUCAGUCUUUUGGUACCAAUUCUGAAACUGUAAAAACUUUUCAGGUGGAAUUUUAGCACACACUGAAUUAGAAGUAGAGCAAGAGCAGCGGGUGAGCUGAAGUCAAGUUUCUAGUUUGCGUUGUAUGGGAGCUGAGAGGGUAGCUGAAUAGCAGGAUCUCUAGCCGUUCUUUUGAUUUGUGAUGUCUUUGUUAACCUAAUUAUAUCUAUUUUCGGCAAUAAGGUAAGGACUGCAAAAUUUUUUGUGUCCUUCUUUUUCUAUAAGUGCUUUUUUUGGUUGAAAGAGGUGAUAUAAGGUUUUUUGAAAUUGUGAAUUCUGAAAAAAAAAAAAACUGUAAAUACAAUUCCAUUAACUACAUAUAAACUAUUAAGAAAGAGAAAGAGAAAUACAAAAUAUUUUUGUGAUGGAGUCAGUCUAAGGCAGUUUCACUACUAAAUGGAAGAAAAAAAGUUUUAAACGUUUAGAUCAACUGCCAGAGCUGGCCCAUAAGAGUUAGAUUAACACUGUUUAGCUUGCUCUGUAGGUAUGUUAGACCUUAUAACUGUACUAGCGUCAUACCAGCAUAUUAACUAGUCAUAUGUGCACAGCUUAAAAGGUAACAGUUUAGUUAUAUUUUUUAAUUUAAGAACGGCUUUUUCCCAAGACUGAAAAAGAAGCUACAAUUUUAAUAUUUAAAGUAUUUAAAGUUUGAAGCACACCUUUAUUAGUCAUUAUUUUAAAUUAGAUCAACUUGCUGUCCAGUCAUUUCAGCUGCUCUGCAUGUCCUAUAAAGCUCUGACAGAGAAGAGAUUCCUCUUCAGUGUCGAACAUGCCAUAGGAAGAGCAGUGUUAAAGCUUGCAUUAUACCUUUUAUCCAUUGUUUUCUAUAUUAACAAAUUAGGAAAGCAACCUUUUUAUUGUUUGUUUGUUUGGAAUACCUCAGUGCUACAAGUAUCACCCUAGAAGCGACAGAAGAUUUUAAUUUAUUGUAGAUGUAAACAGAAUUAAAAAAUAUAAAAAAGUAUAAAACAUCAUUGCACUGUGACUGGUAGGGGGAAAAACUGACAGUUUCCUAUUUGCACAUGUUUAAUAUUUGGCUGUUAUAUAUAUGGUCCUCUGUUGGGGGAGGAAACUUAUGAAGGAUAUUUUUUAAUUUAAUUUUUUUAAUAUUGGUAAAUAGGCCUGCAACAGCAAAAUAGAAGUACAACAUGGUAGGUGGCAUUAAGAACAUACUGUAGUAUGAAUAUAUUUCUUCUUUUUUUAACGUAAUAUUGACAAGUUUUAUUAAUAUUUUUUUAAAUUGUUACGUUUAUAAAUUUGGUACUUUAGGUACAGCCAGUAUAAGACACUGAAUGCGACAUUUGUUAAAAAGAGCUGCUGCACUCCUAUUUUUGUAAAUUUUACUAACAAGUAGACUAAUGUAGACAUUCAAUAGACCAGGUAGAGCAAGGCAUCUUUAAAAAAAACAAGGCAUCAUAAUGCUAUCUGAAUGGGAAAAAAACCUUGUUUUU